CUAACUUUUUUUUUUUUUUAAAAUGGUAUUAAAUUACAUUAUAAUAAAAAUGAAAAAAAAAAGAAGAAUAAUAAUAAUACAUCACAUUAAUUCAUUUUCGGCGAUUCUCACCCCACUCACUCGCUCAACGUGUCCUACUUGUUCUAUUAGAUCUGCAUUUUCUGGGAAAAAUCCAAACAAUGGAGUCUCUGAUCUCUCAAUUUUGUCUUCUCUCGGACCAUGCUCUCCAGGACAAGAACUUCGACCCUUCCACCAUCGAAGACCUGAUGAAACUGUUCGAGGUGGAAGCGUACAAAUCGUGGGCGGCCUUGGAGCUGGAAAGCCAGCAGGAAGCGGAGGAGGCGGAGAUGGCGUUGGAAGAAGCGGAGGAGCAGCUCGAAUCGGCGAUGGAGGCGGCCAUGAACGAGUUCAGAAGAUUCGAGGAAGAAAUGGAGCGGAUGGCGGAGGAGGAGCUCCACAGCUUGGAGAGCAAAGCCGAAGGAGCUCGAAGGAUGGGGACGUUGAUGGAGAAAGCCGCCACCAUCGCUUCCAAGAGGUAUAUGGAGGCGGCUCUCAACGCAGCCACGGCUUCCAUGAAAUCGGCUUGGAAGGGAAUUUCUUCCAACAAAGUUCAUCCUUCUUGAUCUACUCGACCUGAUCUAAGAUCAUCUCUAUCUCUAUCUCUUUCUCUGUGUUGUACGUUAUUAUUAUUAUUUUGGUUGGUUUACUGAUUAAAACAAAAAAUCAAGAAAUUAUUCAAGUAUAAUUUCUCGAUUAAUAUUAUUAAUCAAAACUUUUGUGAUUAA